AUGGCUUAUGCUGCUGUAACUUCGCUUAAAGGAACACUCCAUCUACACUUCUUGCAAUCACAACCACGCCUGUCUCUUAUUUAUAAACAAAAGGUGGUCUCUCUCCAUAGAAAUCUUGGUUUCCUUCAAGAAAGUCUUCAGAAAUCUGAGAUUGCCUAUGAUGAUGCGGGGGCGAUGAAAGAUCUAGAGGCAGAGAUCAGAGAUGCAGUGUUCGAAGCUGAAGAAAGGAUUGAAAUGGAGCUGACUACCAUUUAUCCAGCAAAGGGUUUGACGAAGCAUCUUGCUUGCCUCCUCAGGCUUCAUGGGAUCUUCAAUGAAGCAGUUAAAAAGACUGAUUACCUCAAGAAGAAGUUGAUUAAGAUUAAAACUGAAAAGCAGCUUGCAAAGGGUCCAUCACAAGGUCAAAGGAUGCGACAAAGUGGACUACUCCAUGGUUCAACAUCAUCACAACCUGAUUUAGAACGCGAGAAUAAUACUACUGUGAGUAAAUUUUCUAAAAACGCUCCAAUGAAGUAUGACAGUGGAAUGUUCGGAUGCAAUGAGGAGUUCAAGACGAUAAUGGAUCAGCUCACCCGACAAUCAGCAAAGCAGCUACAAGUUGUAUCAAUUGUAGGCAUGGGCGGAAUAGGCAAGACCACUUUAGCUUGCAAAGUCUAUGAAGAUCCAUCAAUUACUUAUCAUUUUUACAUCCGAGCAUGGGUUGCUGUAUCUCAAGAGUAUAACGUGGAACAAAUGCUCCAAUGCCUUAUUGGUUGUGUUAAUGCAACAUCAAAUGGUAACUUGGUAGAAAGUCUGCGUAAACACUUGAAAGAUCAAAGAUAUUUGAUAGUGAUUGAUGAUAUAUGGAGCACCACUGCUUGGGAUAGUGUGCAAAGAUGCUUUCCAGAUGAUAAUAAUGGAAGUCGUAUCCUAUUGACUUCUCGACUUAGGGAGGUGGCUGAAUAUGCAAAUUCAGGUAAUAACUCUACCAUUAACAUGCCUUUCUUAGAUGCCAAUGAAAGUUGGAAUCUCUACUGCAAUGUGUUUGGUCAAACGGAAUUUCUUUCAGUGUUUGAACAAAUUGGUAGAACCACAGUGAAGAAAUGUAAUGGAUUACCUCUAGCUAUUAUUGUAAUAGCUAGUCUUCUCUCCAAGACAGAGGCGGCAGUGGAGAAGUGGAAUAAUGUUGUCAAAAAUGUGCAUAGAUAUGUAAUUGAUGAUUCUAAUGAUGCAUGUUCCAGAAUACUAUAUUUGAGUUACAACCAAUUACCACACCACUUAAAAGCUUGUUUUCUAUAUUUUGGAGUUUUUCCUGAAGACUAUGAGAUCCGCGUGAAGAAGUUGGUUAGGUUGUGGGCGGCAGAGGGAUUUUUGAGGGCAGAGGACCAUCGGAAUAUGGAGGAAGUGGCCAUGGAAUGCUUGCAAGAUCUUGUUGAUAGAAGUCUUGUUUUUGUUAGCAAACAGAGCUACAAUGGGAAAAUGAAGACAAUAAGGAUACAUGACCUGUUGCGGGAUUUGUGUUUAAGAGAAGCUCAUCAUGAAAAUCUCUUGAAUGUCAUUGGAGAUGAAAAACUUCCAUUUUACAAGAAGUCUUGUCGUUGGAUAAGUGCUACGUCAAAGUUGCAUCUACUUCCUUCCAGAAUGUGCUUUCACAAAUCACAUUCCUUUCACUACCCUUACUCUUAUUACUCUGAACGUAUGGAACAUCUAAUUUCACACUUCAAACUACACUUCAAACUACUAAGAGUAGUAGAUAUAGAAUUGAUGCCUUCAUAUGAACAUAGGCUUGAGAAGUUAAGCAUCAAAAACUGGUAUGAUCUCAACUGUAUUCCAUGUAGCGGCAUCUCAUGGGCAACUGAUUUUCUACCAAAUCUUAAGAAGCUCAAAUUCGUCUGGACUAAUUUGGCAUGGAGUGAUAUGAGGCUUAUUGGUAUGUUGCCGAAUUUAGAGGUUCUAAAACUGAAACAUGCUGUUGCUAGCGAAGACAUAAUGUGGGAACCAUCCAAGGAAGGGUUCCGUCGAUUGAAAAAAUUGGUAAUUGAAGAUAGAUAUUUGAAAUGUUGGAAUGCUAUGGGUGACAAUUUCCCUGUGCUAGAAUGUCUAGAGUUACAUAAUUGCUAUUCUUUGCAUGAGAUUCCUAGUGGUUUUGCGGAUAUCACCACACUAGCAUUGAUUCAGUUAACCUGGUGUUUGGAUUCCGGUUUGGCUUCCGCAAAGUUCAUUCAAGAAGAGCAAUACAACAACUAUGGAAAUGCCCUCCUUGUUCGUUCGAAAAACAUUAUGGGAUCGGAUGAGGAGGAAGAGAGUGAUGAAUGA